AUGGAAGAAUUGAAUUAUGGGACCAGUGGUUCUACAAAUUACCACAAUCAAUCAGAACCUGCAAUAAAUGAACAUUCAAAUUCUAUCUCGAAUAUUUCUAGUUUUACUAGUAUUGAUAAAAAUAAUAGCAUAAACAAUGUCGCCUGUGCAAAUCCAUCACAAAAAGAUUUAUUCCGAAUUUUGAACCAACCACAACAUGGUGCUUCUCAGUUGAACCACCACCCAGCUAGUGUACCCAUGAUGGGAGAAGAAGAUGUGGCCUUUUUGCAAGCUGCGAAAGAAAUUGUUCGAAUGAAUGAAAAUAAGGUCGAUCCUACCAUUCGUGAUAUACUAAACAGAUUACAAUAUUCUAAUUCUCCCCAUGGGGGGAUGCCUAUAUCUAUGCAGUACUUGAGGAGCAUCGAAGGAGUCAAUGAUGAGAGUGAAAACGAAAGUGAGAAAGAGUUUGAUCAAUGUGAAGAUGGAGAUCAUCAUCAUUCCGACAAUAAUUUCAUCUUAGGCCACAGGUUUAAUAAUGGCGGUGCCAAUUUGAACGAGGGGAACGGACUCUUAAGCCCAGGUCGAUCUGAUAUUUAUACAAAGCAAUACCAUAUUCAUUCACCACAGGAUUCGUAUCACCAAAAUGUAGGUAAUCCUUUGAUAGUACCCCCAUUUACAGAAAACCCUCUAAGAAAUCCUCCCAACAAUUUAGAGUUCCCUCAAUUUUCACUGGAUAUCUUCAAAACUAACCAAAAUCUUCAAGGCCAGGGAUAUAUCGAUCACUUUGUGUCAAACAACCGAAAUACGAAGGGCUACGAAGAUGAGGAUGCGGGAAAUAAUAGUGAAGAGAAAGAAGACUAUUAUGGAGAAGAAGUUGAUGAUCUUAAUUUUGAAGGUAGACAAAGCCGAAAGAAUUCAAGCUCUAAGAAUGAUAGAAGUACCUCCCAGGUUAAUGAAAACGAACCGAGGAAUUAUAAGUGUCAAGAUUGUGGUAUAUCAUUCAAACGAUCAAGUGAUUUGAAGAGACACGAGAAGAUACAUUUAAAGACACCGCCAAACAUAUGUCCUCAGUGCCGUAAAGGGUUCGCCAGACGAGACGCUCUGAAGAGACAUAUUGGAACACUUACAUGCAAUCGGAACCGGAAGCGUCUCAUUGAAAAGCUCCAAGAGGAGGGAAAUUUUGAGCUUGUGCAACAGCUGCAAAAUCCGAAUUGA